UUUGGAUUUCACAUAUAACAGGCUUAAGAGUGUCAAUGUGGUGCUAUCCCCACUGCUGCUGACAGGUAUUACCGCUUGUUUACCACAGUAUAACAAGGUAUUUGGUCCAUCAGCAUCCUCAGACUGCUUGGACAUCCCAGCAGCAGCAGGAGGAGGAGGAGAGGAAGGAGUAGCAGCCUUGUAGUAGGAGAAGGAGGAGGGAGUCUGUUCCGCUUGGAUGGCCGGAGCAGCGAGGAGGCUGGUCAGGAGAGGAGACAGACAAGACAGCCCUCUCCCUUUCUCUCUCUCUCCUUCCUUCUCUGGCUUUUCAGUUCUCCUCUUGCGUCCGUCCCGCUCCGCUCCAGCACGGUUCGAGGAGGAGGAGGGAGGGAGGGAGGCUGAGACUUGACGCAUCGAAGUGAGUGCGCACACCGAGGCUUCACUUUCCAAUAUGCGACCUGCGAGACGCCACGCCGUCAGAUACUUGUGCUACUGACACUGAGAGAGAGAGAAAGAGAGAGAGGGAGAGGGAGGGAGAUAAAGGGAGAGAGAGGAGGAGAGGCAGGGAUGGUGGUGCCGCACAGAACACCACAGCGCAGCUCGUGAAUGUUGCGAUACACAAAAGAAAGGAGUCGCAUCUUUUUGUUUUUGCGCACAAGUCAGACGGAGGGGCUAUUUUUGGCCGGGAGCGUCGCCGAGACUCGACAGUGAUGUCUGUGUGCAGAAUUUUGUUUGGUGACAAAAUACGGAUUAAUCUGUGGCUGUGAAUUCCUCGGAGACGUUGCAGCUGCAAGAGCAGAUUGGAAAACCAGAGAGGUGCAAAUCGGAUUCCAUACGUUUGUGAUUGGAUGUGAGACUGCUUUGACCUUACAAAAUUGAAGAUGAUGUUGCUAUGGAAACUGCUGGUGCUGCAGUCACUUAUGGGGUGCCUUGCAGAGAGCAGUGUCCUGCAGAGUCCUGUCUUCAGCAAGCAGCCUGGCAGCAUUGUGUAUCCCGUGGAGACUGUGGAGAAGAAUAGGGAGGUGGUGUUCAGCUGCGAAGCCCAGGGAAGCCCGCCUCCUAUCUAUCAGUGGAAACUGAAUGGCACGGAAAUUAGUCCCAAAUCUGGAUCUCACUACAGUCUUUCUGGAGGCAACCUCAGAAUCAGUCAUCUGAACAAAGACCAAGAUGCUGGAACGUAUCAGUGCCUCGCCUCCAACUCUUUUGGGACCAUCGUCAGCCGAGAGGCCAGUCUAACCUUUGCUUACUUGGAAAACUUCAAGACUCACAGAAGAAGCUCAGUUUCGGUCCGGGAAGGUCAAGGAGUGGUUCUGCUGUGCGGCCCUCCACCGCAUUCUGGAGAUCUGAUAUUUUCCUGGAUCUUUAAUGAGUAUCCGACGUUUGUGAAGCAGGACACUCGUCGCUUCAUCUCACAGGAGACAGGCAAUCUGUACAUCGCCAAAGUGGAGCCCUCGGAUGUUGGCAACUACACCUGUGUGGUGACCAACACCGUGACCAAGACCCGAGUCCAGGGUCCGCCCACUCCACUGGUGCUCCGCAGCGAUGGUGUUAUGGGUGAAUACGAGCCAAAAAUUGAAGUUCAGUUUCCAGAGGUUGUUCACAUUGCCAAAGGAUCCACUGUAAAGCUGGAAUGCUUCGCUCUGGGAAACCCGGCACCUUCUAUAAGUUGGAGGAGGGUGGAUGGCAUCCCCUUCCCCAGGAAAGUGGACAUGAGAAAGGCCAGCGGCGUUCUGGAAAUCCCUUAUUUCCAGCAGGAGGAUGCCGGCACAUAUGAGUGUGUGGCCGAAAACUCCAGGGGAAUGAACACAGUGAAGGGGAAGCUCUCUUUCUACGCUCCUCCUCAUCUUAUUGAGAAACCCCUCGAUGUCCAGAAGCUCAUUGAUGACUCGAUGGCGUGGGAGUGCAAAGCCACGGGGAAACCGAAGCCUUCUUAUAGAUGGAUGAAAAACGGAGAGAACCUGGAGCCUGCAGAGGAGCGCAUACAGGUCGCCAAUGGAGUGCUGUCGAUCAGCCGCCUGACCCUGUCCGACACAGGAAUGUACCAGUGUGUGGCUGGCAAUAAGCACGGCGAGGUUUACUCCAAUGCAGAGCUCCGAGUUAUAGCCGUUGCCCCAGAUUUUUCUCACAAUCAGCUGAGGAGCCAGACGCUGGUGAAGGUAGGAGGAGAUGUGCUCAUCGAGUGCAAGCCCAAGAUGUCUCCUUGGGGUGUGAUCUCUUGGCGGAAGGGCAGCGAACCACUCCGAGAGAGCAACAGGAUCUCCAUUCUGGACAACGGUAACCUCCGGAUAUGGAAUGCAACCAAAUCUGACGCUGGCCUUUACACCUGCAUGGCAAGAAACCAGUUUGGUGUGGCGAGCAGCACAGGAAGCAUCACUAUUAAAGAGCCAACCAUCAUCACCACCCUGCCCGCCACGCUGGACGUCACCGUGGGGGAGAGCGUGGUUCUACCCUGCCAAGUGAGCCACGACCCGUCUCUGGAGCUCAAGUUCACCUGGUUCUUCAACGAGCAGCUCAUCCAUUUCGGGAGCCACGGUGGAUUUUUUGAAAAAGUCGGAGGUCAGCAUUCGGCAGGAGACAUUAUGAUUCGAAACAUCCAGCUGAGGCAUGCGGGGAAGUACACGUGUGCCGUGCAAACGAAGGUGGACAGCAUUUCCAUUGCUGUUGACUUGGUUGUCAGAGGUCCCCCGGGGCCCCCCACCAGUAUCCAUGUUGGAGAAAUCACUGAUACCACAGCCUCUCUGUCCUGGAGGCCCGGUCCUGAUAAUCACAGUCCAAUUACGGCAUACACCAUCCAGGCCAGGACACCAUUUACCCUCGGGUGGCAGGCUGUCACCACAGUUCCUGAGGUGGUGGGGGGCCACCGGCUGACAGCGACAGUAAUAGACCUGAGCCCCUGGGUGGAGUAUGAGUUUCGAGUCCUGGCAAGCAAUACCAUCGGGACCGGCGAGCCCAGCAAGCCAUCCAACCAAGCAAGGACGAAGGGCACCUCUCCAAAGGUCACACCAGCUAAUGUGAGUGGAGGCGGUGGCAGUCGCUCUGAAUUAGUCAUCACAUGGGAGCCAGUUCCAGAGGAGCUGCAGAACGGAGCAGGGUUUGGAUACGUCGUGGCUUUCCGACCUCACGGUGCCACCGGCUGGAUGCAGGCAGCCGUUCCAUCCGCCGAAGCAUCCAGAUAUGUCUUCAAAAAUGAGAGCAUCCAGCCCUUCUCGCCUUUCCACGUGAAGGUCGGAGUUUACAACAACGAGGGCGAAGGGCCAUUCGGACCCGUCACCACUAUCUAUUCUGCUGAGGAGGAGCCUGGCCGAGCGCCCACCAGAGUCCGUGCCAAGAGUCUCUCUGCAUCUGAGAUUGAAGUUUCGUGGAAAGCUCUGCCCUGGAAUGCCAGCAAGAAGAGAGUGCUGGGCUAUGAGCUGAGGUACUGGAGUAGAAGUGAAAGGGAAGACAUGGCCAGCGUGCAGAGGACUGUAGGAAAUCAAACGUCUACUAUUAUCCGCGGAGUGAAAGGCAGCACCACGUAUUACAUCUCGGUGAGGGCGUAUAACACUGCUGGAACGGGGCCUCCCAGCUCCAUCGUCAACGUUACCACCAAAAAACCACCGCCCAGUCAACCACCAGUUAAAGUGAUGUGGAACGCAUCAAACUCCAAAAUUAUUUUGAACUGGGAGCAGGUCAAAGCCCUGGAGAAUGAGUCAGAGGUCACGGGUUACAAAGUGCUGUACAAGAAGAAUCAACACAGCCGUCCCAGCGUCAUGGAAACCAACACCACCUCUGUGGAGCUCGCUUUUCCCACUGAUGAGGGUUAUAUCAUCCAGAUAAAACCAUUUGGAGAGGGAGGGGAAGGCAGCAGCAGCAGGCUGAUCACCAUCCCAAGGUUGCCAGGCCCCAAAGCAGUUGGCUCAGCAUCCAAGGUCUCCACUCUAUCAGCCCUCAGUACAAUAGCACUGUCUUUCACAGCGCGGACAUCUUUAUGACAAACGGCUGCCAGCAGACGUUGCAUCUGAUGUGGAGACGGCUCUCCGGCGAAAUGCAAACACAGCCCACUCCGGUGUAACUAGAUCCAUUCAUUUAGAUUUUAGAAGCAGAAGGAAGAUGCUGAUGAAAAAAAUAAAGAAGCCACUGAGAUGACAGGCAAAGGAGUCCCCUUCAGCACCCAGGCUAAGUAAAGGAGAUUGACCGAUGUCGUGACUAUGUUGUUACCAAAGCAGCUUUCAUAAGAAAAAAAAAGAAUGAGAAAAAUGUCUUAUAUGCAUCUUUUUGUAUGACAUGUUGAGCUUUUAUAGAUUUUGUUUUCUUAAUCCAUUUGAAGUCGGUCUGGGCUUAUUGGGCGAGAACAGUUAAGUGCAUGGCAAACAACAUCAUCAAAUAUCCAGUUUGGAGGUUAAGAAUGUGAUGUGACACCACACCUUUUGUCUUCUAAGAAAAGAUAAUGCUUCGGUUCCAACCAAUCAGAAUAUGUUAUUUUUCCUCAUGUGAAAUGAACUGUCACCUGGUACAUCUCUGCAUUUCUGUUUCUGCACUAUUUCAAAAAUAUUUCACACAGAAUUGCAUCGACAGGUUUGCUGCUGGUGUCGCUAUUGGUCAGCCUAACCAGUAUGUGAAGAGAGGAUUAGCACUAGACAUUACAUGCUAUGGCUUGUUUACUAGCAAAAUGUUAGCUAGCUGCAAAGUGAACCAGCUAAAGUUAAUUUAAAUGGAUAUCAUUAAUGUGGUGGAAUACGAUUUCCUUCUUAUAUGAUAUGAAUCUGCAGAAAAUGCUAAAUAAAAAAACAUUAAUUUCAGGUCAUGCUAACUGGAACUAAUUACAAAAAAGACAGGUUUGGAGUUUUGUUAAAUGCUCACAUGGCCAGUGAACAUUUAAAGUGUUAUGGGAAAUUGUAAUUAUGCCUUCUGUCCAUAGCAUUGCUACACUGCAGCAGAUGGUGGUAAAAGUAAUGAUACUUACUGUUUUGUGCAAGUAGAUCUUCUAUAGUUCAGCUUUAGCCAACACAAGGCUGCAGUUUGAGUUCUGCUGGUUUCAAACUACACGAUAUUUCUGAUAAGUUUCAUUCAAUUCACUUUUAUUCAGUUUAGAAUUCAUAUACUUUAUAAUUGUAGAGUUAAAUCCACCUAAUCCAGGUAAUUCCCUUUGAGCAAGUUCUUGGUAGGAAGACAAAUAUUUUCCUUUAACCUUUAGCAGAACCAGGUUCAGGGAGGGCGGACAUCUUUCUCGAGCAGUUCGUGUGAGAGCAGACAAUGCAUAGGAGAUGACAACAUGAUUGCAUAAAUUACUGCAGUUCCUCCGGAGAGGCAUGUGACAGAGUUGAUGUUGGUUCCUGACCAAUCAAUAUUUCAUCUUUCACAUCAUGACAGGGACUACCUGCCAGAAACAAGAAUUUAAACAAACUAUGGCAACCAAACCUGUGUUUACAGUAUGAAGUACCCUUUCCAGAAACGUUCUGUUAGUCUGAUGGCAUCUGAACGUGUCAGAUUUGUCUGAUUAAACACUCUGUUCCCCAUAUAGAAAAAAUUACUAUGACGUCCAGUCCCAGUAAGGGCAGCUGUACCUACAGUUGUAAGUUAACAAAGGGAGAUCUUCCACAUUUCAGUAUCAAGAUUUAACUAAAAACAUCACAGGCCACAAAAGACAGUUUGCUGCCAAAAUCACAGAACACUUUUCUCAUUCACUUUACCCGAAAAUUAAAAACUCUUUGGCUUCAAACUAAAAUGUGCAUAAAAAGAAAAUAUUUACUGCCUUAGAAAAGAAAACAUAAAUCAAACACAAGGAGCUGAUGUUUAUUUUGUUGCCGCCAGCUGCUUGAAGAAGUCUUUCUCUUAAGUUAAUGCAAUAUGUUCAGACACAAACAGCAGCGGGAUCCAUAUGAGCCUUUCCAAAGCAAGAGAGUUAAAAAGUGAUCUAUGUCUGACAGACUGACAGAUUGCUGUCACUUUACCAAACUGAAGAAGACAGCAAUGUGUCUAGUGUCUGAAAAGGGCUAGACUAGUUCUCCAAAAACAACGAGAAACAGAAAUAACCAUCAAACAUCAGUUUGUGGUUCGCACCAUAAGGACAGCAAGGGCUUUGCUAUGUUGUGCAAAAAGGAGAAGUGAGAACUCGCAGAAUCUCACAUGAACAUUGUAAGGUGUCCCGGAGGCAACACUGAUUGUCAACUAGGAAGUAAUUUAGAGAACAAAACAAACCUGAUGCCCAUUUUUAAUCCAGAUGUCUUCCAUCUUUCACAUCCAGCAAUUUUCCUUCUGAUAUUAGAUAUUUUGAACCUGGCAUUAACUAGUUCUGUCCUCUUUCUAUCUUCUAAAGUUCUACUAAUUUUUGUAUACAAUCUCUUCAUCUGUGUUUCUGCUUGCUGAUCUGCAACAGGUUUAUUGUUGGAGGUUACUAAUUCAAUAAACCUGCUACCUGGACAAAGAUUUUGCUAACUUAAGACUACUGACAUGGUUUCUGCUGAACUCCAGAAAUCGUUUCUGCACAAAGCAAGAACUCUAGAUCACAUUAUAGGUGCGCUUAGAAAGACAGCCAGUAUGGACAGAUGGAAUAAUUACAACAAGCAGUAACUUAUUAGUCUUAGUCUGUUAUGCUGGAUGACAAUGCGCUAGCAUGCUGUGUUUAGGUUCUAGUCCUCUGUACGAUAAGGCCGUCCAAAAGUUCCCUAAAACUCGAUGAAGUACUUAAAGCCAUCCACAGGAUAGUUGCUGACCUUGUAACCUGAAGUAGCACCGAGCUGUUGUGGAGAGCUUCUCCUCUGGGUUCCUCAACCUUUGGCCAUCGAACUGCACUGGUGACCGAACCCUUGUGGCCGUCUCAUGCUCCUCAUUCUUUCAGUUAGCCCUGUGUCUAGAGCUAUUCUUUGCCUUCUGUGUGCCUCAUCAUAUGUUCAAAAUCCUCAGGUCCUUAAAGAGCCUUAACUUAUCAUAUGUAUAUCAAAAAAACAUUAGAAACAUAGAACUAUGAAGCAGCCGUGCUGAUGUUUACAUGCUGCUGCGUCGAUAGGAACUGUAUGUGGUGGAGGGCGGAGGCCAGCGUCUUUUUGCUGAGGUUACUGAGGUUAGUUUGAAUGGCAUUCUUGCUGUUUCGCAUGGGAUACUGGCAAUAUACGAGGCCUGGUGCAUUUUUAUAGGUGUGUAUUCUUAAUAAAAGACAAUGCUGCUGAUCUUUUCCUUUUCCCCAUAGUCUCCUGAUGCCAUGUGGGACUGCUGUGCUACGCGAGUACAGUGCAGUCUGUAUGUAGCUUGUAAUCCAGUUGCGUAGUUCGUAGUACUUUGAAGGGAAGUGUACUGUAGGCUACUGGGUCCUGCUCAGAAUCAUGCAUCAAGAAAUGUGUAAUAUACUGUUUUGUACACUUCAAAUCAUUUAUAUAAAAGAACCUUUCUAAAGAGAUGAUUUACUUGGUUUUUAUGUAACGACUCUGUUUCAUACUGUAGCUAACUGUUGCUCAGCAUGACUGUACUUUGUCCUCUCUCUUUUUGUCCAUCCGCAAACUGACUGAAUGGCUUUAGAAACAUGCAAGGUUCGUGCAUCUGAUAGGUUUGUGUAUACUGUUUGUGUACCAUGAAAUCUGAACCUUGACCAUCCCUUUGUCUCUCUGCUUCUGUCUCGGUCAGCCCCUCUGAGAUGUACUGGCUCUACUGUCCAUAUACGCUCUGCAGGAGGGUUUCCUCUGUUGCUGUUUGUUGUUUAUACUGUGUUAAUAAAGAUUAUUGAUUUAUAGAA